AAGCAGAUGUAAUACCCUUUGUUAUUUUAGGAAGCGAGGUGUAUAUAGGACUACAAACACAUAGGUCCCGUGAAGUCCCUCACACUAUACCUCGAAUUCGAUGUCAAGAAACGACGUGACCAAAUAUGGAGACUAUACAUUUGUUCUCAUUCAGAGUUCAUCUCCUACCUCACAUGCAAAGAUAAAAUGAAAUUUUGAGAUGUCUUUUUUGUGUUCUUUUUCAAGAUUACGACUUCAAAAACAUAAGCGUACGUCAUAUUCCGUAGCCAGGACAGGGCUCAUAUGAUGUUCUGCAGGUGCCUACCAUCAAGUGUCAAAUAUUGAGUUUCAGUCACGUGAUAACAACUGUGAUUUCAAACGUGCUUACGUGAUCGCUUCUCGCUACCCGCCACCAGUUCAUCCCAACAAAUCUUGUUUUUCACAAUGGCUUCAAACCCUCCAGGAAAAUGCUGUGCUGUUGCAAGCUUUCAUGAAGGUACGCCCUCAGGCAAUCAUGAAACCAUCUAUGGAUUGGAUACGUAUGUUUCCGGAUCUGAGCAUUCUGACUCAAGAGUUAUUGUAAUCUUGACAGACGUGUAUGGUCAUAAAUUGAACAACACAUUGUUGGUUGCAGAUCAGUUUGCCAAGGCAGGGUACAAGGUAUAUAUUCCAGAUAUCUUGAAAGGUGAUCCAAUCUCCGACUCUUCUGUCGACUUCCCAUCAUGGCUUCUGAAGCACACUAAUGAAAUCACUCGUCCCAUUGUUGAUGAAUUCUUAAAAGCCCUUCGUAAAGACGUUGGAAUCUCUUCAUUUAUUGGUGUAGUUGGAUACUGUUUUGGCGCUAAAUUCACCGUUCAGCACUUAGCGGAGGAAGGAUUGGCAACAGCUGGUGCCAUUGCGCACCCUUCAUUUGUGACCAUUGACGAAGUCGCGGCAAUCAAGAAACCGCUUGUUAUUUCUGCUGCAGAAAUAGACCCCAUUUUCACGACUGAACUCAGACAGCAAACUGAGGCGAAGUUGGCCGAGAUCAAAGCUAGAUAUCAGCUCACGUUGUUUUCAGGUGUCUCCCAUGGCUUCUCCAUCAAAGGUGACAUCGAAGAUCCAGUCGUUAAGUACGCGAAAGAAAAGACCCUUGCUGAUCAAUUGCAAUGGUUUUCUAUGUUCUAGAUUCGUCCGGUAGUUGCAGGAUGCAUAGACGGACUCUCAAGUUUUGCUCAAAUCCUUUGAUUUCCAUAUUUCUUAUCAAAAUAAACUAGGCCAUUGAAAUUAAAAAUCUACACUCGCAUCGUAAUAUAAUUAAUUUUGACGCAUGCGCAUUUCCAAGUGAAUAAUAUGUUUGCUAUUGCACUUUUAGAUAACCUCCUCGCAUCCCCUUAUAUAU